CUAAAAAUAGCCCCGGUGUGGGGAUCCGUGCGCGGCGGUCCCGGCGAGUCCCGGGCUGAGGGAGGGAGGCGUCUCCGGGCGACGCGGUGCUGGCGGCGGGUCCUGGCUGCGGCGUGUGCACGCCUGCCCGCGGCUUGGGGACACGGAGUCGCAUUUUGUGAAAAAGUCACAAAGAAGAAGUUUCUUCAAGGAUCCUAUCUAAGUGCACUUUUUGUUGAUACGUCAUUUCUAAUCUUACAGAAAAUUUCAGCGGUAGCCCUGGGACUAGAAGCUGCAGUAACAGAAGCCGUGUAUGAUGCAUUAGGCUAUUGAAGAAAAAUAAUUUUUGAAUAAAAUAUUUGGAACAGAAGGGAGGAAAGGUGACCGAAAAUGGGGCGGAAGAAAAUACAAAUCACACGCAUAAUGGAUGAAAGGAACCGACAGGUCACCUUUACGAAGAGGAAGUUCGGGCUGAUGAAGAAAGCCUAUGAGCUCAGCGUGCUCUGUGACUGUGAGAUCGCACUCAUCAUCUUCAACAGCUCCAACAAGCUGUUCCAGUACGCCAGCACCGACAUGGACAAGGUGCUGCUCAAGUACACCGAGUACAACGAGCCGCACGAGAGCAGGACCAACUCGGACAUCGUCGAGGCUCUGAACAAGAAGGAGCACCGAGGGUGCGACAGCCCAGACCCCGAUACUUCCUAUGUGCUAACGCCACAUACAGAAGAGAAGUAUAAAAAAAUUAAUGAGGAAUUUGAUAAUAUGAUGCGGAAUCAUAAAAUCGCACCUGGGCUGCCGCCUCAGAACUUCUCCAUGUCCGUCACGGUCCCCGUGAGCAGCCCGAACGCUCUGUCCUACACCAACCCCGGGAGCGCCCUGGUGUCCCCGGCGCUGGCAGCCGGCUCCGCGUUGGCGGACUCGGGCAUGCUCUCGUCGCCGCAGGCCGCGCUGCACAGGACCGUGUCCCCCGGCGCCCCGCAGCGGCCGCCCAGCACUGGCAGUGCGGGUGGGAUGCUGAGCUCGUCGGACCUCACGGUGCCCAAUGGAGCUGGGAGCAGCCCCGUCGGGAAUGGCUUUGUAAACUCAAGAGCUUCUCCAAAUUUAAUUGGAACCACGGGUGCGAAUAGCUUAGGCAAAGUGAUGCCUACAAAGUCUCCCCCCCCUCCAGGUGGCGGCAACCUUGGCAUGAACAGUCGAAAACCGGACCUUCGCGUUGUCAUCCCUCCGUCCAGCAAGGGCCUGAUGCCGCCCCUGUCGGAGGAAGAGGAGUUGGAGCUGAGCGCCCAGCGGAUCAGCAGCUCGCAGGCCUCGCAGCCCCUCGCCACCCCCGUGGUGUCCGUGACGACGCCCAGCCUGCCCCCGCAGGGGCUCGUGUACUCGGCCAUGCCCACCGCCUACAACACGGAUUACUCGCUGACCAGCGCGGACCUGUCGGCCCUGCAGGGCUUCAACUCGCCGGGCAUGCUGUCGCUGGGCCCGGUGUCCGCCUGGCAGCAGCACCACCUGGGCCAGGCCGCCCUCAGCUCCCUGGUGUCCGGCGCGCAGCUAUCUCAGGGUUCCAGCCUCUCCAUCACCAACCAGAACGUCAGCAUCAAGUCGGAGCCCGUCUCGCCUCCUCGGGACCGCGUGACCCCGUCGGGCUUCCAGCAGCAGCAGCCGCCGCCGCCCGCCCAGCCCCCCCAGCCCCCGCAGCCCCGGCAGGAAGUGGGGCGCUCCCCCGUGGACAGCCUGAGCAGCUCCAGCAGCUCCUACGACGGCAGCGACCGGGAGGACCCGCGGGGGGACUUCCACUCCCCGGGGGUGCUGGGCCGGCCCCCCAACGCCGAGGACCGGGAAAGCCCGUCGGUGAAGCGCAUGCGGAUGGACACGUGGGUGACCUAGGCCCGCGGCGGCGAGUGUGACCGCAGUGCACCGCCCGCGCCGGGGGUCGGGACCGGAGAAAAUGCUGACCUGAUUGACAGAGAAAAUGGCCAAAUCGAGGUGCACAAAGGUUUCCCACGUGGAAACGGUGAGGGCGGCGCCGUGGGGGCAGGUCUUCUCUCCGGACCCCCCCAGUGGCCCGACGUGGCUGGUUACGGAGACUCCGUCCCAGCUCCACCCGGAAAUGCCCCUUCUGGGGGGAUUCGGGUGCAGAUCGGGGCUCGGCCCGCCACCCCGAGGCGACCCCUGUGAAAGGGUUGUUCGACCCCCACAGGUUGGCGACCCACAGGUUGAGAACCGCUGCUGUACGGCAACCACAACCACAACCACAAUCACAUGACCAGGGGGCGAGGGGCUGUGCUUCCAGGAACCGAAUCCAGACUGUUACCCCUUGUCCCGCACGCAGUGACGGGAGCACGACACUCCUCACCACGACGCCACGUACGAACACGCCUCCUGGUGGGCGCCACCCCGACUGGGCAGGACACUAGCGGGGUCGCUUGGCACCUCCAUUUCUUACCCUUUCAGACGCGUGGGUUUUGUAUGACACCAUCACCAGAAAAUGCACCCAUCCCAAGGAAGUAUUUUAUUACUAAAAACAAAAACAAAAAAAGCUUCGCGUGAAUUGCACUGGCCGGGACAGCUUCCAGCCGCUGUCCUUCCCUCAGGACCCUCACCCCAGGGAGGGCGGGGUCCCCAUCGACCGUCACAUGGCCCCACCCCAGACGCCAUCGCCUGAGCCCUAAGUACGUCCACUGCGUUAGAGGCUAAAUCAGGGUUUGUUCUAAGGAACGUCUCACCGUUUCCCUUCCCUAGGGCUCCCCCUCAGGCACCCACAUGUUUCCGCACCAACCAUCCCGCGCACAAGAGACACAGUGAGCAGGAAGCGGGGCCCCGGGCGUGGGAGCCAGGGAGCCGGGCGCUGUGAGAAUGUGAAAAGGGUUUACAAAUGCAACACUUUCCUUUCUCUGUAGAAACUCCCUUCACUUUGCUGUGCGAGAAGACACUGCUUUGCUAUAUUUAAAACGGCUUUUUUACAAGAGAUUUAUGUCUUUGGUAAAUGUUUGUAGUCACCAGGUCACACGAAGCUGUACGCGGUUUGAUCAUGUGAACCGUUUGGCGGCACAAGCUGGACUUUGUUGCCAUCCUUGCGAUGAAAAUAAGUUACCCUGUUUUCCCUGACGUGUUUUUCCUCCUUAUUCAAUAAACAUAGUGACCUUUUUAUCAAAUGGUCGAGCUGCGGAG